AUGAUCACUAUUAUUCUGAAGCUUGGGAAACUGGCCUUUCAACAGCUGGAGAAAGGAAAUCUGAUUUUCUACAAAGAAGAUCUUGAGGAAUGUGGACUAGAUGCCAGUGAAGGGUCGGUGUUCUCUGGGUUAUGCACUCAGAUCUUUCAGGAGGAAAAAGCUGUUUCAGCAAGAAACGUUUACAGCUUCGUACAUCUCAGCAUCCAGGAAUUCCUUGCUGCUCUCUAUGUGUUUUUGAUUAGCAAAGAUGAGAAAGCAAAGCUACUUUUUCAAUCCCUGAGAAAAAAACUGAGAUGGAAACUGUCCGGAAAGACACAGUUUCAGCUUCAUAAGGGUGCGAUCAACAAGGCUUUACAAAGCAAGAACGGACACCUGGACCUUUUCCUCCGGUUCCUCCUGGGUCUCUCUCUGGAGUCCAAUCAGAGUGACCUGAAGGAAUUAGUGCCAGGACUGGAACUCAAAACAGAGAACAUGAAAAGCACUGUUGACUAUAUCAAAAAGAAAAUAGAGAUGGAGAAAUCUGUGGAGAGGACGAUCAAUCUCUUCCACUGUCUGAGUGAACUGAAUGAUGACUUUGUGGAUGAAAUCCAGAAAAACCUGAGCUCAGGAAAUCUUUCAGAAAAGAAUCUCUCCUCUGCUCAGUGGUCUGGUCUGGUGUUUGUGCUCCUAAUGUCAGAAGAGAUUCAAGAGAAGUUUGAACUGCAGAAAUACAGAAGAUCUGAUGAAGCAGUGACAAGACUCCUGCCAGUGAUCAAAAACACAAAAAAAGCACUGCUACAACACUGUAAUCUCACUGCUCAGUGCUGUAAGAGUUUUUCAUCAGUUUUACAAUCCUCAAACUCCUUCCUGAGAGACCUGGACCUGAGUAACAAUGACCUACAGGAUUCAGGAGUGAGGCUUCUUUCUAAUGGACUAAAAAGUCCAAACUGUCAGCUGGAGAUACUGAGAUUUUCCACCUGUAAUCUCACUGCUCAGUGUUGUGAGAGUUUUUCAUCAGUUCUACAAUCCUCAAACUCCUUCCUGAGAGAGCUGGACCUGAGUAACAAUGACCUACAGGAUUCAGGAGUGAAGCUUCUUUCUGGUGGACUGAAGAGUCCAAACUGUCAGCUGGAGAUACUGAUAUUGUCUGGCUGUAUGCUGACAGAGGAAGGCUGUCAUUAUGUAUCUUCAGCUCUGAGUUCAAACCCCUCACACCUGAAAGAGCUGGAUCUGAGCUACAAUCACCCAGGAGAUUCUGGAGUCAAGCUACUCACUGAUACACUCAACCAUCAAAACUACAGACUGGAUAAACUCAAUGUGGAUCAUGGGGGAGAAUUCAGGAUAACAGCAGGACUACACAAAUGUAUGUCUACACACACACACACACACACACACACAAACACAUAUACACACAGUAUCUGUCAAAUCAUGCUGUUUAAUAAUAAAUAAUAACUAUAAUACUUUUAGAUCACCGUUAUUAGAAUUAUAGCUAAGACAGUAAAAUACU